AUGAGCGUCGUUUCACCAACCCCUCUCCCGCUAUCUCAGCCCCAAGCCCUGGUCAAAGAUGCCUCCAUCAUUCAAGUCAGAGCCACAGAUGAUCUAGAGCAAAACACUCUAUUCACUGUCCAGCCAAAGCCUGUUCCUCGCGGAACGCCCGCCUUUGAAGCUAGACGCGCUGCUCUUCUCAACACCAUCAAGUCCAAAGUCCCUCAAGAGUACUACCUCCCCGCUGAACUCAUCGCCAACCCUCCCCUCGACGUUUCCAACAUUCCUUCUUCCUGCGGCAUCCUCACUAAAGAUGAGGUCCGCAUCACACAAGACUAUGAUGCCGUUGGUCUACUACAAGCACUGGCCAGCCGUGAAUUUUCAGCUGUUCAAGUCGCCACUGCUUUUGCCAAGCGUUCUAUCAUUGCGCAUCAACUCACCUGUUGUUUAACGCAGUGGCUUAUGGAUGAAGCUAUUGGUCAGGCGAGAGGUCUUGAUGAGUACAUGGCUAAGCAUGGGAAACCUAUUGGUCCUCUGCAUGGACUGCCAAUCAGCAUCAAAGAGCACAUGGCCAUAGCUGGCACGCUUUCCUCCCAAGGGUGUCUAGCGAGCUUAAGAGAGGAUACGACAGACAGUGACAUGGUUGCUAUUCUGAGAAGUCUUGGUGCUGUAUUCUACUGCAAGACCAAUCAGCCCCAAACCAUCAUGCAUCUUGAAACCGAUUCCCUUUGGGGUCGUACCCUCAACCCGUUCAACAUCAACCUCUCAGCAGGUGGAUCAACCGGCGGCGAAGCAGCCCUUAUUGCAAUGAAGGGUUCUGUUCUUGGUGUCGGUACUGAUAUCGGCGGUAGUAUCCGCGGUCCCGCAGCCUUUUGCGGUAUCUACGGAUUCAAGCCAACGUCAUACACAAUGCCGAUGAGAGGUUUUGAUGCGAUGCCGUUUCCAGCUGAGUUGACUGUUUUGGCAUCAACUGGGCCCAUGUGCCGCAGCUUGAGAGACAUGGACCUAUUGAUGCAGAGCGUGUUGUCGUGCAAGCCCCAUUUGAAGGACCCGAGAUUGGUGCCCAUUCCUUGGAAUGGCCUCAAGACUCCCAUCAAUGGUCGGUUGAAGAUUGGCUUCGUUGGCGACGAUGGAUUCAUCGUUCCUCAGCCUCCCGUUGUUAAGGCUCUGGCUUGGGCACGAGAGCAGCUCUGUGAUCCAAGAUACAAAGACCUUAUUGAGCUCAAGGACUUUAAAGUGUUUGACUCGGCGGGCGCUUGGUCAAAGAUUCGACGCAUGUAUUGGCCUGACGGUGGUCAGCCAUCACGAGAUGCCAUUCAAGCUACCGGCGAACCCAUCCAUCCUCUCAGUGACUGGAUCUGGAAGGAUGCAGAGCCACUUGGCAUGAAGAACGCCGUCGACUUGAGUCUCAUGCGUCGAGAACGAGAUGAAUUCCGCUGGGCAUUCGCCAAGAGCUGGCAAGAUCAAGACGUUGAUAUACUCAUUGGACCUGCAUUCGUCGGACCUGCUUCAGCGCAUGAUACGGCGUUCUUCUGGAACUAUACAUCGCUGUAUAACCUUGUGGAUUAUCCUGGUGUCGUCGUACCUACACCCUUCAAGGUGGAAGGGAGUGAGAAGUAUGCUAGUGGGUAUGAGCCGCUGAGUGAGGCUUGUGGACAGGUGAAGAAGUUAUGGGAGGAGUCAGACUUUACUGGUGCUCCGAUUACUCUUCAGAUUGUGGCGAGGAAGUAUCAUGAUAACGAGUUGUUUGGCGCGCUGGUGGUGUUGAAGGAUGUGUUGAAGCUGCAGUAG